UAUAAAUAAAACUUUGGCCUCGCUCAAUUACACGGUCACUUUUUUUUAUUUCUUUGUUUUUCAAUGUAGUGACUCUGUUACUUCCAUAACACAUCUAUGUGGAUAAGAUCAAUGAAAGACUCACAAAUAUGUUUCUAAUCUAUAUCGCUUUAUUUGUAAGUGUCUGGAGAUGUCAUUUAAUUGGUGCAAUCAAUUGUUUUAAAUGUGCAAAUGUUGCUGAUCCUGGACAAUGUGGUACACUAUCCAGCUGUGCCGGAGACGAGUUGUGUUUCAUGGAGAAAAAGUUAACCGGAAGUCUUAAUGUUUACUACAACCUGGGCUGCGAGAAACAACUGGCGUGUGAUGCACUAGGGGGAGGGGACACCAUUGUUGGGAAAAAGAGGAACAUGAAGACCCGCCCGCCGAAGGAUCGAACCAAACGGGACGUUACUCUGUGCAACAAAUGUUGCAGUACUGACAACUGCAAUCAGCUUCUGUGUUCUGAUCUAGAGAAACCAACUGACAGUGUCCCAGCUUCUUCGGACAUCUACGUUCGACUUGUGGGUGGAAGCAACGCCUACGAAGGGACGGUCGAAGUCUUCUUCAAUGGUCGCUGGGGCAGCAUCUGUGAUGACAAUUGGACCAACAAUGACGCUCAAGUCGUCUGCAAUAUGUUAGGCUAUCAAGGCAAUGGAGCUCAGGCCUUUGGAGGCGGGUAUUAUUACCCUGGACAGAACGUCAUCUGGCUGACCAAUGUGACGUGUGGAGGGACAGAGCCCAGUCUGUACCAAUGUCAACAUGGUCAGUGGGGAGUAACACAAUGUCUGCACAACCAGGACGCUGGCAUCGCGUGCUCGUCAGUGACCCCAGAGGAUGACGUCAUAUUCUUGCUGGACACUGGGUUCGGCGGCGUGAUCUUUAGAAUGAACUUACGCACCAUGUCGUUCACCCCCAUACCACUCAGCACACUCUAUUCCCCUGAAAGUUUCGACUAUGACCCUAGUCUCGGUAGAAUCUACUUUGUCGACGCCAGACUUUUACAGAUCAUCAGCAUGAAGUUUGACGGAACUGAUAUUCGUGUUAUAAAGCAACUGGAUACAAAUACAAGACUGGAUAAAAUCCAAAUAGAUCCACUCAAUCGAAUGAUUUUUUACUCUGACGAUGGAAACAAUUUGAUCUGUUCUAUGAACAUGGACGGCUCAAAUUUUACUCAAGUCAUCAAAUCAAACCUCGACAAUCCAAGAGGAAUCGUUCUGGACCCACGAUCAAAAACCCUCUACUGGACGGACUGGGGAGCCCAGCCCAAAAUUGAAGCAGCAAGUUAUGAUGGCUCUAACAGAAGGACUUUAGUAAACAAUAACAUUAAAUGGCCCAACGGGCUUGCCAUAGAUUAUGACACCAAUAAAUUGUACUUUGUUGACGGCGGCCUGGGAACUAUAGAAACCAUAACCCUGCAAGGUACCAGCAGACGUGAGAUCUAUAAAGACGCGGGAGCUCAUUUGUUCUCCAUUGACGUCUUUGAUGAGUACCUCUACUACACUGACUGGAACAGAGAUACAUUAAUGAGGAUUCGAAAAGACGGCAGUGGGCAGACGCCAGUGGGUCCGCCAAGUUUUAGAGAGCUCUCCGACGUCAGAGUUCAGAAAUAUGGAACAAAUCUAGCAGGUGUGACCACGCCUUCGCCUGUCCACUUUGACCCCAGUCACGUGUUCGUCAGGAUGAGUGGGGUAGGGGACGCUACUGGUGGACGUGUGGAGAUCUUCGCUAACAGUCAGUGGGGCACUAUAUGUGAUGACCACUGGGACGACAACGACGCCAAAGUGGUCUGUCACAUGAUGGGAUUCUCCAGAGAGAAUGCCAAGGCCACCAGUCAAAGCAAUCAAGGCAGCGGAUUUGGAAUAAUAUCAUUAGAUGAGGUCAACUGUACAGGUACGGAGAACCACAUUGUGGACUGCGGGUUCGGACCUCAGAACUGGGCUGUUCAUGACUGUACGCAUAACGAGGACGCUGGGGUCCUCUGUGAGGCGCCUGAGGCUUUACACUUCCAAGAAAGUAAUAUUGACAACUUUCUAGUGUUUUGUGAUGUAGUGUCCGGUCUCCUGAUUCGAAUGGAUCUCAAUACUUACAGCUACACGUCUAUAGCGUCAAACAACUCUCCUAACCCUGUGGCCAUCACCUUUGACCCAAACGAUAAAAUGAUCUAUUUUUCGGAGGUCUACACCGGAAGUUCAGAGAUCAGAAGUUCUAACCACAGGGGUUCAGACAUCAGGACUGUGGGGAACUCUUUGAUUGUAGGUGCUGUUGUUGACGGUCUAGCGGUGGAUAAAAGUAGAAAUCUCUUGUUCUACACUGACGCCGGAAAUAAAAGAAUCGUUGCCAUGGCUCCCGACGGAACCGGACUGAGAGUGGUUGCAACCAAUGUUGACCAACCCCGUGGACUGGCAUUGGACAAAAAAGCUGGUGUCGUGUAUUGGACGGACUGGGGAGUGACCCCUAAAAUAGAAAAAGCCAACUACGAUGGCACCAACAGACAAACGAUUACCAGCACUGGAUUAAAAUAUCCCAAUGGUAUAGCGCUGGACGUGGCUGCUGGUUUGCUGUACUUCUGUGACGGCGGUACACAGACCAUUGAAGUCAUGAACACUGACGGCAGCAACCGUAAAGUUCUCUACACGGACUUUGGCUCUCAUUUCUUCGGCAUUACGUUGACAUCCAAGUACAUUUUCUACAGUGACUGGAACAAGUUUGGCAUCAUGAGACUAAACAGAGAUGGAACCAAUCAGACUCCAGCAGGCCCUGAAAGUUUCCGAAAAAUCAAUGGACUCUAUGCCUACGAGUCUUCAUACACACAAUGAAAAUGACAAUACUGUAGUUGAUGACUUUUGCGGUUCUUACUUUGGCUAUAUCGCAGGUCUUAAAAAAAAAUAUUAAAGAAAAAAAACAAACAAAA